AUGGACCCUGCAUUUACACACCGGUACGGCCUGUCCGACAACGGCUUCCUGCCACCCCAGCUGCCACUGGCCACGCUGCCCGACCCGUACUACGCACCAUGGGAGGCCAUCAUCCGCCAACUGCCGGCCCUGCUGCAGGCAAACCGUCUGCGGAACGAGGUCGACCGGCUGCCCAUCCUGUCGGUGCAUGCCCUGCGGUCCGAGCCUGAGUGGCGCCGGGCGUACGUGAUCCUGGCCUUUCUGACGCACGCGUACAUCUGGGGCGACGACGUCGUGGCGGACGUCCUGCCUCCAUGCAUUGCCGUGCCCCUGCUGGCCGUCGCCGACCACUUGGAACUGCCGCCCGUGGCCACCUAUGCGGCGCUGAACCUGUGGAACUUUACCACUGAGGGGGCCGGCGACAUUCCCUUUGACCAGCUCGACCGCCUGCGCGCCCUCCACACCUUCACGGGCACCGAGUCCGAGUCGUGGUUCUAUGUUGUGUCGGUCGCCAUGGAGUACCGUGCGGCCAAGAUCGUGCCUGUCUUGCUGGACGCCCAGACUGCCAGCACAGACGACGACAUCCCAAAAGUGACGGCCGCCCUCCGCCGGUUUGUCCCCUGCGUCCAGGACAUCGGCCGCCUCCUCGACCGCAUGCACGAGCGCUGCGACCCGUCCGUCUUCUUCUUUCAGAUUCGGCCCUUUCUCGCGGGCAGCAAGCACAUGGCCGCGCAAGGUCUGCCCCAGGGCGUGUUCUACGACGAGGGCGACGGCUGCGGCGCCUGGCGGCAGCUGCGCGGCGGCAGCAACGGCCAGAGCGCGCUUCUCCAGUUCUUUGACAUUGUGCUGGGCGUCGAGCACACCUCGAAUGGUUGUCACGGGCCCGGCGCCAACGACAACGCCCGAGAACAAGGCUUCCACGAAGAAGUUCGCGGUUACAUGCCGGGCCCGCACCGGCGGUUCCUGGAACACGUCGCUGCGAGGCCGAGCAUCCGACACUUUGUCAUGCAGGCCACACAAGGUGCGGCGCUGACCGACGACCAGAGGCAGCUGGCCGCAGCAUUCGAGGACACGACAAAGGCGUUGGCCGCGUUCCGCGACAAGCACCUGGCCAUCGUCGCGCGGUACAUCAUCCUCCCGUCGCGCCAGAAGGCCGCCGUGGAGGCAAAGACCACAGCAGCCGACGAGUCUGCCCCCAAACUGAGAGGGUUGGCGCACAUGCCCUCGAGAACAGACGGCGCCGAGAUUCUCACGGGCACCGGUGGAACGGAGCUCAUGCCGUUUUUGAAGCAGACGCGCGACGAAACGCUCCAGGCAGGGGUCUUGAUGGCACCCAUGUCACGAGACGACUAA